AUGCUGGGGGACGAGGCUGAAGGAGCCCACCCUUCCGUUACCCGGGUAGGCCUUGCUCUCCCCGUUGGAUAUGUUCCACACGAGCUAACUAAUGGUCACAGCCCUGAUGGGGAUUACAUUGAUGCGUAUAAUGUAAAGCGCGUUAUACAAAUUUGUGCAGUUGAUCGUGACAGCGCUCUAAUCAAGGUCCAGACCCCACAUGGCGAAAAGGUUGGGAGCUGCUCUCUCGAAGAGUUGCGACGGAUGCCAGGAGUGGGAACUGCAAAGAAUGGAAUAAAUAUCCCCCCUGAUUAUAAAGCCUUGAUCUAA